UUUUUUUUAUUUUCUCAUUCAUUUUUUAUAAUAUUAGUUUCUUAUUUUUAUAGACUUAAAGUCAUCCGUAUAUUUUUGGUUCUACAAAUGGUGAGAGGAAAUCGUCGGUUUAACCGUCCGCGUCGCAUUGGACGAAGAAUUCCUUUAUCUGCUCAAAUGCGUGAACUACGUCGUUUAAUUACAACCGGUUUUAACAACAUCAAUACUCGUUUUAACGACGUCAAUACCCGUUUUAACGACGUCAAUACCCGUUUUGACGGCAUUGAUGCUAGCCUUAACGGCCUUAAUCAACGUUUUACGGGUGUUAAUGAACGGUUGGACAUUCUCGGUCAACGUGUUGAUACUUAUCGUGAGGGCCUCAAUCUGCGUUGUGAUGUUAUGACUGCACGCUUAAAUAACAUUGACGCUCGAUGUCAGUGUGGGGUGGACCAGCCGGUGAUUAAUGCUAAUUUGGUGGGUAAUGAGAAUUUGUCCAAUACUCAAUCAAGUGCAUCUUCAACUCCGCCUUCAAAUUUCCGACUUGACUAUGGUGGUGAAGGGCGAGGUGUACGUAUUUUGCCAUUUCAAGUUUCCUGCCAUUCCAAAAAAUCAAAAUGCUGCAGUGCUGCAAAAACUAAGGUGCAAUUCAUCGAAGAGUUGGCUGAGCGAAUUUUGUUUUAUGGUGGUGUUUUGGAUAAAUCUCUUGGCGAAAUGCCGUUGGAUGAAUAUUUUGCGAAAGCUUUGGUUAUUAAGAAUUCUUGCAUUGGUUGGAAGCUUGUUGGUGUGGUUGACAUUCCCUCCAAAAAAUUGCCAGCCCAAGUUUUUUAUUUUGAUGCUGAGGGUGUUCGAAAGUUGAUUGAGCAGUGUGAUAAGAUUACUCCAAUUGGCCGCUUAGAUGUUGGAAAGUUGGGGAAACAGGCACGUCUACAGUUGACUGGAACUCCUCCUUUGCGUUCUAAUUUGGUUUCUGUUUUGGAUUCUCAAACGAAACGUGUGGCUAUAUUGGACUUGUCAGCAGUCUGUUCAGGAAGCUCUCAACAGAAACAACAAAAUCGUUAUAUGCUUGUUUGCUUCGAUGGCGAUUUGGAUAGUCAAAAUAUUAAGGAUUUGGAUGAUUUAUUGACAAACGUUGGGGCUAAUUUUAUGAACUUGAUGGAAGCCGGGGCUGAUGCUAUUAUGCCAGCUUUGGAUUUUGACCAGAAGAGGAAAUAACGAGUUGAUGGAAUUUUGGGUUAUAUAUAAUAUAUAAAAUUAGACUAAAUAAGAAACCGCUAAAAAUAUCUCAUUUUAUAAGACCUCUAUAUUAAAAAAUUUACUUAAAACAAAAAUACAAAAGCCUUUAAAAAAUUUUUAUAUUUAUUUACCGAGUUUUUUCAUUUUCAAAAAUGUUUUGAGAAUGUAUUUUUUUCUAUUCAUUUCUGAACAUAUUUUGUUUAAAUGUCUUUAUUCUCUAAAAAUGUAUUUUCUGGAAAGUUUUUUAUUUUUUUCUGUAUUUUUCAUCUAAAUUUAUCCGGAAAGUAUUUUUUUUAUUUUUUACGAGGUAAUGUGUUUUUCGACUUUAUUUCUCUCCGCAAAAAUUUUCAAAUAUUUUUACUCUUUAAAAAUGUAUUUUUUCUAAAUAGAAUAAAUAUAG